AGAAUGCAUCGAAAAAUACCUCUCUUCAGAUGGCUGCUUUAGAGCAAAUGAAAGCUGAUGAAAAUGUUAUGAAACUGGCUGAAGAUCAAAAGAGGCAAAAAGAACAACUCCAUGCUAAAAUCAUUCAGCUUCAAAAACAAGUUGAUAUGAAACAAGAGCUGGAGUUGGAGAUUCAGCAAUUAAAAGGUUCAUUAACUGUGCUGAAGCACAUGGAAGAUGACAAAGAUGCAGAAAUUCUGAAUAAGGUAGAUACACUACAAAAGAAUUUAAGGGACAAGGAGCAGUCACUUCAAGACUUAGAUGCAUUGAACCAAACACUAAUCAUUAAAAAGCGUGAGAGUAAUGAUGAGUUGCAGGAAGCUCGACAAGCAUUGGUUGAUGCCAUUAAAGAGUUACAAUCUCAUGGAAAUAUUCGUUUCAAGAGAAUGGGGGAACUUGAUACUAGACCAUUCCUUGAAGCAAUGAAGCAAAGAUAUAAUGAGGAGGAUGCUGAAGAGAGAGCUUCAGAACUGUGUUCAUUGUGGAAAGAAUAUCUAAAGGACCCAGAUUGGCAUCCAUUCAAAGUUAUCAUGGUUGAAGGAAAAGAAAAGGUGUGUCUAUGUUAAACAUAUUUAUAGGUCUCCUGAAAUUAUCCUGAAGUCUAUGUGCUUCAUUGCCUGUC